ACCUCUUCUUUCUUCCCACACAAUUACAUCUCAUUUCUCAUAAUUUUCUUCUCAAAAUCAAAUAAUUUCAAGAAAAGUGAAUAGAAUUGAGAAUUUGGAUUCAAAUUAAGAUUUUUUUUGCGUUAAUUUGGUGUGAAAUCAUGACCAGCUUAGCGAGCGCAGAGCGCGAUAAUUAUAUGAUGAUUAAUUUUGAAGAAACGGAGCUGAGGCUAGGAUUACCCGGAGGAGGUAAGAGCAGUAAUGGAGGUGACACUGAAAUUGCGAAGAGUAUUGGUAAUGGGAAGAGAGGAUUCUCGGAGACUGUGGAUUUGAAGCUUAAUCUUUCCACUAAAAAGGAUAUUAAUGUCGGAGAGGAGAAGAUGAAGGAGAAAGCUGUAAAUGAUCCGGCCAAGCCACCAGCUAAGGCACAAGUUGUAGGUUGGCCGCCAAUUCGGUCGUUCAGGAAAAAUGUCAUGGCUGUACAGAAAAACACUAGCGACGACGAGGGCGAAAAGGGCGCUGUCACAUCCGCUGUAGCCGCCACGGCUACCUCCGGUAGCGGUAGUGGUGCUUUUGUGAAGGUUAGCAUGGAUGGUGCACCAUACUUGAGAAAAGUGGACUUAAAAUUGUACAAGAGCUACCAAGAACUUUCUGAUGCCCUAGGCAAAAUGUUCAGCUCCUUUACAAUUGGUACUUGCGGACCACAAGGAAUGAAGGAUUUCAUGAAUGAGAGCAAGUUGAUAGAUGUUUUGAAUAGUUCUGAAUAUGUGCCUAGUUAUGAAGAUAAAGAUGGAGACUGGAUGCUUGUAGGAGAUGUGCCAUGGGAAAUGUUUGUGAACUCAUGCAAAAGAUUAAGGAUAAUGAAAGGAUCUGAAGCAAUUGGACUUGCUCCAAGAGCAGUGGAGAAAUGCAAGAACAGAAGCUGAGGAAGUAGAUUGAUAAUGGGUAAAUUCCAAUCUCACCAAGUCACUAUGAUCAAAGGGAAAAAGCAUUGAGCAGGGAAUUUGGAUAUGAAUGUCUUUUUUUCUUUAGUUUUUUUGGGUUUUCUCAUGACAUAUAAAUAUAUAUUUGGAGAUAAAUUAGAGACAUGAAGUAAUAAAUAUUAUAAAUAGGAGAUGGUUAUCAAACUUGUUAAUUAUAUAAAUAUUGUUUUGGUUUGAUAUGAUAUGAUUUUCUUACAAUUA